AUGAAGCCGCCCACUCCGUUUUCACCCCGGCAUAGCCUGAUUCUCACUCGGCCUGUCCGAUAUGCAUCGACCUCCACCUCCUCGCCGCCCGCUUCCCCUAAACCUCGUCGGUGGCUGGGCCUGGCCGUCGUGACCCUCGCAACCGCAGGCGCAGGCGCCUAUGUGCGAUCUCAGGACUCGACCUCGGCCACUCUGAACCCAGAAACCUUUACCAAAUACAGUCUCGUAUCCCGGGAACCGGUGUCAGCAACCAGCAGUUUGUUUACACUGCGGCCACGAAAACCUAGCGGCAGCAACUAUGACGUCUACGAAGAGGCAUGGCAGACUGGUAUAUGGAGCGUGAUGUUCAAGCAGCCUCAGCUGCAGAUUGGUCGAGAUUAUACCCCUUUACCGACGACGGCCGCUACAUCGCUCAGCGUGGACGAGGAAAAUGAAGGGUGUCUGCGGUUCUUCAUUCGCAAGGACCCAUUCGGCGAGGUGUCGCGGUAUCUGCACAGCCUUGCUGUGGGUGCCGAUGUUGAGAUGCGAGGCCCGCAGAUCGAAUGCGCCAUCCCGAAGGAAACCCAAAUUAUACUAUUUAUUGCCGGUGGAACGGGCAUUGCUCCGGCUUUGCAGGCGGGAUAUUCUCUGUUGAACCGUACGAGCCAGGAAAAUCGACCGAGAAUACAUAUACUAUGGGCCAAUCGACGAACCGAGGAUUGUGCUGGUGGUCAAAGUGAUACACCCAAGAUGCCGUCACCACGCCGGUCUUGGUUCUCGGGGUGGUUUGGCACGUCCAACAGCAGCACGACUCCACACAGUGAGGCAGCUGUGGCUGUCUUGCCAGAGAAGAGCACAUCUCUCAUUGUGCAGGAGCUAGAGGCGCUGAAAUCUCAGUACCCGGGGCAAAUCACAGUGGAUUACUAUCUGGACGAGGAGAACACGUUCAUUGGGAAGAAGGCUAUCUCAGACUUCAUCGAUUCGACCCCCUCCACAGAUAGCUCUCGCAAGAGCAAGUUGAUCCUGGUGUCUGGCCCCGAGGGCUUCAUCGGCUAUAUGGCCGGCCCCAAGCUGUGGGCGCAGGGACGAGAGCUUCAGGGUCCACUGCAAGGAGUCAUCAAAGAUCUCGAUCUGAAGGAAUGGGCCGUGUGGAAGCUUUAA